AUGACGGGCGCGGCGCUGCUCGGAGGCCAUGGCCGCAAGCACAAGGUGACUGUCGUCGGAUCCGGAAACUGGGGUUCGACCAUUUCCAAGAUCGUCGCCGAGAACACCAAGCUCUACAAGGACCUCUUCGAGCCCGAGGUCCAGAUGUGGGUGUUUGAGGAGGACGUCGUCGUCCCCGCCGACUCCAGGCACGCCGCCGCCGCUGGCUCCGCGCCCCAGAAGCUCACCGCCAUCAUCAACGAGUACCACGAGAACGUCAAGUACCUACCCGGCAUCACCCUACCCGACAAUCUCAUCGCCAACCCGUCACUGCUCGACGCCGUCCAGGACUCGACCAUCCUCAUCUUCAACCUGCCCCACCAGUUCAUCCACAACGUCUGCGACCAGCUCAAGGGCAAGAUCGUGCCCUUUGCCCGCGGCGUCAGCUGCAUCAAGGGCGUCAACGUCGCCGCCGACGGCGUCAGCCUCUUCAGCGAGUGGAUCGGCGAGGACCUCGACAUCUACGUGGGUGCCCUGAGCGGCGCCAACAUUGCCAACGAGAUCGCCGCCGAGAAGUGGUCCGAGACCACCAUCGCCUACGACCCGCCGACCAUGGACAAUUCGCGCGCCCCGACCCCGCGCUCCGCGAGCCCCAGCGUCGGCACCGUCGACCUCGCCCAGGUCCCGCACAAGGACGCCCGCGGCCGCACCUCCAAGUCCAAGCUGACCCCCGUGCCCGCCGAGUACCCGCCGCUCGACCACGAGUGCCUACGCAAGCUCUUCCACCGCCCGUACUUUCACGUGCAGAUGGUCUCGGACGUGGCGGGCGUGUCGCUCGGUGGCGCGCUUAAGAAUGUCGUCGCGCUCGCCGCCGGCUUCGUUGAGGGCCGCGGCUGGGGCGACAACGCCAAGGCGGCCGUCAUGCGCAUCGGCCUCAUGGAGAUGGUGCGCUUCGGCAAGGAGUUCUUUGGCGAGACGGUGCAGACGGGCACCUUUACCGAGUCCUCGGCCGGCGUGGCCGACCUCAUCACCUCGUCCUCGGGCGGCCGCAACUUUCGCUGCGCCAAGAUGGCCAUCGAGCAGGGCCUCCCUGUCAGCGAGGUCGAGAAGCGCGAGCUCAACGGGCAGAAGCUGCAGGGCACGCUCACCGCGUUCGAGGUGCACAGCUUCCUGUCCACCCGCGACAGGCUCCGCGACUACCCGCUGUUCACGGCCGUCAACGACAUCCUGGUCGGCAAGGCGCAGGUGGAUGACAUACCCUCACUCGUGUCCAAGAUUGACCACGACGAGCCGCGCCUAUGA